AUGAAUACCUUCUCUUCUCCCACGCGUCUGAGGGACAUGAUCCGGGCCAUGCGUGCUUGCAAAACUGCAGCAGAAGAACGUGCUGUUGUAAGAAAAGAAUGUGCUGCCAUCCGUACUUCUAUAAAUGAAAAUUAUCAGGACUAUAGGCAUCGGAAUCUGGCUAAGCUAAUGUUCAUCCACAUGCUUGGCUACCCCACUCAUUUUGGUCAAAUGGAGUGCCUCAAGUUGAUAGCAUCUCCUGGAUUUCCGGAGAAGAGAAUGGGUUACCUUGGCCUUAUGUUGCUUCUCGAUGAAAAACAAGAAGUUCUAAUGGAGCUAGCAAUAUUGGAAAAGGUCGAAAUGGCUCGUGAUCUUGCACCAGAGGUUGAGAAAUUACUGCAUUUUCGAGAUCCAAAUAUUCGGAAGAAGGCAGCAUUGUGCUCUGCAAGAAUUAUAAAGAAAGUUCCAGACAUGGCCGAAAAUUUUGUUGAUUCUACUACUGCCUUACUAAGGGAGAAGCAUCAUGGAGUUUUGAUCACUGGGGUUCAGCUUUGUACUGAUCUAUGCAAAAUUAGCUCAAAAGCUCUUGAACAUGUUAGAGAGGGUCGUGGAGGCCACUUUGGUUGUAGUGGAAGAGUUCACAGUGGUCGUAAUUCUAUAUUAUGUCAAAAAUGCACGGAGGGUUUGGUCAGAGUUCUAAAGGAUUUAGUAAGCAAUCCCUAUUCCCCAGAGUAUGAUGUUGCUGGUUUCACCGACCCUUUUCUGCAUAUCAGAUUGCUUAGACUGUUGCGGGUAUUGGGUGAAGGUGAUGCUGAUGCUAGUGAUUCUAUGAAUGACAUACUUGCCCAGGUGGCUACAAAGGUUGAGUCAAGUAAAAUUAUUGGGAAUGCCAUCUUAUACGAGUGUGUUCAAACAAUAAUAAGCAUUGAAGAUAAUGGUGGCUUACACGUGCUUGCCAUCAAUAUUCUAGGAAAGUUCUUGUCGCACCAAGACAACAAUAUCAGUUUUCCGUCCCUCUUCCUUGUUGUACUCUUAUUCCUACAGGUUUUGCCUUAUAUCCUUUGUGACAUUGCUAAUGCUCUUGACUUGUCAAACCGAUCGCCUUGCUGGAAUCAUGUUGUGUCGAUUUACGCAACCCUCAAAAAUCCUCCCACUUGCCUCAGUGCAGCUUUGCUUCCCUUGGCGGCGUGUGUGGUUGGACCACCUCUCUCCUAG